AAGGAACCACGAGACAGGUGACUGAUGACCAAUGAGAAGGUGACCAUGACAUAUACCCUCGUCAGCUGCAAGAAAGGAACCACGAGACAGGUGACUGAUGCCCGGUGAGAAGGUGAACGUGACAUAUAGCCUCGUCAGCUGCAAGAAAGGAACCACGAGUCAGGUGACUGAUGCCCUGUGAGAAGGUGAACGUGACAAAUACCCUCGUCAGCUGCAAGAAAGGAACCACGAGACAGGCCCAAAAAUGAAUCUGCAUGAUGUGUCCGCCAUGUUAUAUGAAUUCUCAGAAGAUCCAAGUAAUAGGCCUAAUCAAAUAGUGAAAAAUGCUGUUCAGUCCAAUAACAGUGAAGAGGAUUUGCGUACCGUUUUUAUAUCACAAAACUGCUGCAAGAUUUGGAAGUUUGGCUCAGGAAGGGCUCAUUCUACAGUCAACCUCCAUAAAUGUGUAUGAGAACCUGGCUGUUGAAGACUGGAUUCAUGACCAUAUGGACUUAGAACAAAAAAAUGUUCUUUUUCUAUGGAAGAAUUCUCCGACUGUGGUGAUUGGUCGACACCAGAAUCCAUGGAAAGAAUGCAAUCUUCAUUUAAUGAGAGAGAAGGGGAUUUGCCUGGCAAGGAGAAGAAGUGGCGGCGGGACUGUAUUUCACGAUCUGGGAAAUAUUAACUUAACUUUUUUCACAUCUAAGAAAAAAUAUGAUCGAAUGGAAAAUCUACAUUUGGUUAUUCGAGCUCUUAAAUCUUUGGAACCGUAUUUGGAUGUACAAGCCACAAAGCGAUACGAUCUCUUGUUAGAUGGAAAGUACAAGAUAUCAGGGACUGCUGCAAAGCUUGGAAGGACUGUGGCAUACCAUCACUGUACGUUGUUGUGUAGUGCGGAUAGCUCACUCUUACCUUUAGUGCUACAAAGUCCUUAUGAUGGGAUACAGAGUAAUGCCACGCCUAGUGUGCCUUCACUGGUCAAAAACCUCUCCCAAGCGUAUUCAUCUCUAACAUGCCAAGCUGUCAUGGAUGCUGUGGCCAAAGAAUAUAGUUAUCAGUAUGAAGAUAAGCCACAUGUUCAUGUUGUUGACCCACGGGAUGAGACACUAUUUCCGGGCAUAACACAGAAAAAAAAGGAGCUGUGCACUUGGGACUGGAUUUAUGGAAAGACACCGAAAUUUAAUGUUCAGAAAUCCUUUCAGAUUUUCUAUAAUGGUGUUACCGUGGAAGUUAAUUUAAGUAUGUAUAUAAAAAAUGGUUAUAUAGAAAGCUGCUCUAUAGCAGUGCCCAGUGACUGGCUGUCUGAACAGCAGCGCUGGGAGCUGCAGAAUAGUUUGGAAGGCAGUAAAUUUUGUCCAAGGGAAAUAGUUUUUUUGGUGACUACUUUACUGAGGACUUACCCAGAUGAUGGUGACGUUCACGCAAAGUGGAACAUAUUAUGUGAGAAGUUGGUGUCAAUAAUGUGAUCGGAUUUAAUAAAAGAAUAUUUUAAAGUGUAUCUAUGGCUUUAAAGAAAAACUGUCAGCCUGUUCACCCACACUAAACCCAAUACACU